UUAAUCUUCGCGCAAUCAUGACAGUGGGGGUCAGUGUUCGCCACUGGAGGCAGAUAAAGCUCAAGCUAAGCAGCCACAUAAAUGUUUACAAACUACACUAGCACUAAAUAACUUUAGAAAAAUGACCAAAACGUAAUGUAGAAUUGGUUAAGAUCUGCUGGGAUCCAGCUAUGGACGUCUUUAAUAAAGUGACGGCUUUUCUGCAGCAGGCUUUGGAAACAAGGGAGCCUUCGAUAAACCUGCAGGACUCUUUUGUGGAUCACUGGAAAGCAAUAACCAACUAUUACAUUGAAACUUCAGAUGAGUCUCGUCCGGUGAAGCAAACAGACAUCCCUUGGAGGCUCAGACAGAUGCUGGACAUCCUGGUGUAUGAGGAGAAACAGCAAGGGGAGGAAACGGGUCCUUGCAUGGAGUAUCUGCUCCAGCACAAAAUACUAGAGACACUUUGCACGCUGGGAAAAGCACAGUAUCCUCCUGGCAUGAGUCAACAAGUGAUGCUGUUUUUCUCUAAAGUCCUGAGCCAGAUCACGAAACCUGUGCUGCAUUUAAUCAAUGUCUAUCGGCCUGUACAGAAACUGAUUCAUCUGUGUGGACUCCCUGAUUCACAGACGGAAAAAGAGGAGUCUCAGUUUCUCCUUGCUGUUUGCACUCGAGUCAAAAAAGACCCUUAUGUCCUCAACUAUAUCCUUGAGAUUACCAAAGACUCUCAGAAGAAGUCCAGUUCUCUUUCUGGUGAGGCUGUGGAGAAGGGCUCCAGUCCUGAGAUGGCUCCCUCUCCACUGUCGCCUUCUGCCAGUUCUGACUCUUCCAGCUCACCCCAGGAAGCCACAGGCAUUAUCCCUGUACUCAUUUACCUGGUGAAAAGUGAGAAAAGUCAUGUUGUGCUCAGAUCCAUGGAGAGUUUGCUGUUGCUGGUCAGUUUACCACAGGAAGACUCUGGACAUCUUCUGGCUGAGAGAACUCCACUAUGUCACCUACUCGCUCAGAGACUGACUGAACUUUACUGCCUCAUACCCUCAUCACUCGACCCUGCAGACAUCCACAGCUACUCCAGUGUACAGUGGAGGACUCAGUUCACACAGGAUGAGAGCCCGUCAUUUCCUGGCAGUGAGAACGUCCACAGGUUCUUCUGCUUUUUGGACUACUGCAAUGAGCUCAUCAAAGAAGCACCAAGGGUACUUGGUGUUGAACUGGCGAGAGCAAUUCACCUUCAGUGGCUUAAAGGAGUCAUCCAGCCUCAUCUGCUUCAGAUGUCAGAGGUUGGGAUCCUGGUACACACCGCUCUGCUGUCCUGUUCUGUACAUCACAUACGUUCUCCUGCACUCCUGGAGGAAUUGGUUCAGUUUCUGUUGGGAAAUGACACACAUUGUGAACAGCAGCAGGACACACAUACACACAUUCUACGUUACCGCCUUAUUGAACACUGCAACCACAUCUCAGACGAGAUCAGUAUUGCAACAUUGCGUCUCUUCGAGGAGCUUUUACAGAAGCCCAGCAGGAGCAUCUUGACCAAUCUGGUGCUGCGUAAUCUUGAGAAGCGCAGCUACAGGCUGUCUGGAUCAGGGGCAGCGGACGAGAGACAUGCAGUCGAAAGUGAUGUUCUGGAAGAGUCUGAGGAGCUGGAAGAGGAUCCAUUUUUCACAGACAUGUAUGAAGAUAGUGGGUUCAGUGGCCAGGAGCCUCUUCUGUCUCUGCCCAGUGCUAGAGAAAGACGAAAACCCAGUGCGCACACACAAGUUGCAGACAUCGUCAACAGCUUCUUGUGUUUAGUGCCCCAAGAGGCAAAAACAUCCCAUCUUGUUCAGGGAGCAGGAUAUGACACAUACGUUCAUGAUGCGCACAAACUGUUAAACGAAUGUACUGCUCUUUCACGUGACUGGAACUGGCCAGAUUCUGCAAAACCCACUGAAAACAACCCACCUACAGAAUUCUAUGAAGGGCAUUUCCUACAAACUUUGUUCGACAGGAUUGCACGCAUACUAGAGCAGCCAUAUGAGCUAAACCUGCAGGUGACAUCAGUUCUUUCCAGAUUAGCUGUGUUUCCUCACCCUCACCUGCAUGAGUACCUGCUGGACCCGUACAUCAGCUUGAGCCCUGGAACACGAUCCCUCUUCUCCACUCUAGUCAGGGUGAUAGGAGAGUUAAUGCAGAGGAUUCAACACAUCCACAAUGUCACAGACAGACUGAUGAUGAUCAGGAGACAGCUGAUGGGACUGGAAGAGGAAACUGUGGUGGAUCACAUGACUCUGUUGAGAGGUGUGAUAGUUCUGGAGGAGUUCUGCAAGGAACUGGCUGCCAUAGCGUUUGUCAAACUACCCAUAGAAGAGCAAUGAAUCCAUGAUACUUAAACCAAAGACAAUACAAAGGAUCAUGACCCAACAACAUCUGUUGGAUGGCUCCGUCAUUCAGAGAAAAUGGAUUUGCACAGAACAAAGUUAAGUAGUGAUAUUUGUAGAUUUGCAAGUCACUUUUAAUGAUUGUUUUCAGGGAGCAGUCAACUUGUCUGAUGGGAGUUUAAAGGAGCUUUAUGUAAGAUUGUGGCCAAAACUGGUACUGCAAUCCCUUUCAAAUGACUGUAGAGUGGUGUAUCCCCUCCCCUUCCCCCCUGACUCGAGGUUGCCAGAUAGGAUAGAUAUUUUAUCCGAUACAUUUGUAGCUGCAGCUGUGGUAACUAGAGCAGAGCUGGCAACCCUGAUGCUGCAACACUAAUGACUUCAUGAUUGGUAGAUCGGUGGAUGGUGGACCAUCAAACCAAAACGCAUGACAACAUCAACAUCAGUUGAGGGCUGCAACUUCAUUAUUUAAAUGACAAUAUCCUGGCAGGACUACUGUUGUUAGUGAUCGAAGUAUUUGAAAUGAACAUGAUUUCUUAAUGUCUAGUGACAUAUCAGGGCCAUUUUAUGAUUAUUUGAAAUACAUUUCUUACAUGCAACUCCUUUAACUUUUGCUCAAGAAAAAAAUAAUUAAAAAAAAUCAGACAUGUGCUACUGGAUUUCACAAACACUGUCUAAGGUACAAAGCUGCUUAUUCUCCACAGCUCCACGUCUUGCUGAACGAUGAUGACAAUUCACUUUAAGAAAAAACGUGUGUCUCGCAUAAGUUAAGUUUUACUAUAAACACUGUAUUAUAUAGUUUUAGGUCCAGACAUUCACUCCUCUUUGAAUUUGAGUGUUUCUGGUUGGAUGUCUUGUCAGUCAGUCAUCUCUCCUUACUCUCAUCACAUAAUAAGUGAAAUCUGACUUCUAUGGAUUUUUAGCUAUUGCACAUCCCCUAUAUUUUUUUUUCUUUAUUAACUGGACUUUAAGUGUACACAUGGUGUGUGUGUAAAAUAAAUUUUAUUUAUCUUUACUUCUCUUAAACGUGAAUGAUCAAUGCUGUUUUAUUUCUAAGUGUUAUAUAGCUGAAUCUAAGGGUAGGAGAUGUACAAAGAUUUGUGUGUUUGUGAUUUGCCAUUGGUUGGUACUCUCAGAUCUUUAUUUUCUAUCGGGGUCUUUUGUGACGACUGCACUCAAUCCUUGCUUAUUUAUGUUUUCACAGCAAUAAACUUUCAUUGUAUCAAACGUC